AUGUCUUCUCGGGUGACAGCAGCUGCUGAAGGAUGGGCCGAGUAUCCACCUCGCACGCCUAUCCCUAGCCUUACCCUUGAUGCGUCCAUUAGCCGUGAGGAUGUCAACGCUGGCCAAGUCGUGGACAAGUGGAUUGCAGACCUGGCCGAUUCCAUUGACCACAGAAACGCUAAGGCGUUUGAAAUCCUGUUUGUGCAGGAAUCGUGGUGGCGGGAUCUUGUCGCCCUGACCUGGAACGUGGCCUCCAAGUUUGGCCCCAAGGCUAUCAGUGCUUAUGUGCUCGGGUCAACGUUCGGACUCGGGCAAAUCAAUGUGAUCCAGUCGCCUUCGCUGCAGCCGAGGCUGGAGCAGCUGGGGCCGGCGACCUUUAUACAGGCUGCCUUCACAUUUACCAAUAAGUUUGGCUCUGGCCGGGGCGUAAUUCGCUUAGCCAACGUUGGGCCCAAUAACCAAUGGAAGGCGUGGACUGCAUCGACAGAACUGGAGCGGCUAAAAGAGCCACGAUAUGUAAUCCGACAAGUAGAUGAACAAGCGGGGCAAAAGGCAGGCCAGCUACAGGUUGUAGUCGUCGGCGGUGGCCAAUGCGGAUUAAGCUUUGCCGCGCAUCUUGAACACAUGGGCCUUCGAUAUUUGCUGAUUGAAAAGACUCCCAGGAUUGGCGACUCGUGGCGCAACCGAUAUAACUCUCUUAAGACGCAUACACCUACCACCAUGGACAGCCUCCCAUUCUUGCGCUACCCAACGAAUUGGCCCAGAAACAUGACCAAGGAUCAGUAUGGUGAUUGGAUGGAGUGCUAUAGCAAAAUCAUGAAACUCAAGACGCGCACGAGUACGUCAGUCAAGAGAAUUGUGCGUGAUCGAGACAAUCACAGCUACAGGGUUGAACUGGAAACGAAUCGAACUUCAUACAUCAUCACGACCAAGCAUGUUGUUCUCUCGACCGGUCUCCAUAGCGACCAGCCAGUCCGGCUGGGUUUACCAGGCCAGGAUGCCUUCCGAGGCGAAAUAUACCACUCGUCCAAGCACAAGUCGGCAUCUGGAGUGUCCAACCUCGCCAGCAAGAGUAUUACAAUAGUCGGGACCGGAACUAGCGCGCACGACAUAGCACAGGACUUUGUCAACCACGGCGCCAAGAGCGUGGCCAUGAUCCAGCGGAAUCCAAACAUCUUUGUCUCGCUGGAGUCGCUGGAGACCAUUAUGCUUGGCCUCUGGAUGACCCCCAAUCUGAGUACCGAGGACGCGGACCUAAUAGAGACGUCCUUUCCCAACGUGGUCGCGCUCACUCUCGAGUCUGGCACCAUGCCUCUCUGCGCAGAAUUCGACAAGGAGCUCAUUGAGGGCAUGGAGAAGGCGGGCAUGGUGUUCAGGAAAGGCGAGGACGGCGUCGGCUUGUUGGACCAUCUGAUUUUGAAAUCUGGCCACUUUUACAUCGACCAUGGCGCCGCUCAGAUGAUUGCCGACGGCAGGAUCAAAAUCCACAGGUCCAAGAAGGGACUCAGUGCGUUUUACGACCACGGCCUUGUAUUGGCUGAUGGUGGGACUAAGCUCGAGUCAGAUGUGAUCGUCCUGGCAACUGGCUGGGAACGCACCGCUAAAGUUGUUGAACGGCUACUUGGUAAGGACAUGGCCGACGCAGUCAAAGCUCAGGAAUGGGGAGAUCUGGACGAUGAAUCAGAGCGUAAAGGGUGGUGGCGCCCAAGCGGUGUUCCGGGGGUGUGGUGCAUGUCGGGGGCCAUCAGCUGGGCCAGGCAGUACUCCCGGAUGCUUGCCUUGCAAAUUGACGCUGUAGAGAAGGGCUACAACGACGAAUAUUAUGUCGCAGUCCCUAAAUUCAAGCUGUAA